AUGAUUAGACUUGUAUUAAUUCAAUGGUUAAUUGAUUUUAUUGUAUAUAUACCUGCUUUGUUUCUUCACUAUUAUGAAUAUACACCGAAUUAUUAUUAUUGUCAAUUAGUAUACACUGAUAUUCGUGUAUCAAUGUACACCGGUGUAAUCGCAUAUAUUUUUCCAAUGAAUGCUAUUGGAUUUAUAUACUUCUAUAUUGUACAUUGUAUAAAACGAAUGGGAAAUCUAGCAAUUUAUCCUAAUCGUCAACAAUCAAAUCAACGAGAUCUAACUGUUCUUCGUCAAAUUAUAAUACUAGUUAGUAUGCUUUGUAUGAUGGGUCUUCCUGCAACAUCAUUAUAUUUAUGGUACAUUAUUACUGGCUAUUUAUAUCCAUUGAUUUAUCAAUUACAAUGGCUUGCCUUUGCUGUUUCAUUAUCAAUUUUACCUAUACUAACAGUGUUUUUGACACGUCAAUUACGUGAAUUAUUCUAUCGUGCAUGCGGACGAGGUCAUCAUAUUCAUCCUAUGAUACCAUCUACAUCAGGCCGACAAAUUAUUCUACCAGAUUAUAAUGCAGAAUAUGAAAAUUCUCUUGAUGACGAUGACAUAGAUUCAACAACUACUACUACUACAACAACAACAACUCUUCCUUGGGCUGAUUCAUUUUCAAGAAGAACUCGUAAAACCGUUCCAACACGACAACCAUGGCUGACACAACGUACAUCAUCAAUGAAACCAAUAACCGUUAUUAUAGAUGAAAAUACAAAUGACUACGAAGGUGACUACAGAUAUUUUGGUAGUUUUCGUCAAUUGAUUAAUAAAAUUAUCGAAGAUUUAAAAAAAUAUAUUAAAAAUGUCACUGGAUAUGAUAUUAUUACAGCAAUACAAAAAUUCUUCAAUAAAAAAAAUGAAGAUUAA